AUGAUGUAUCCAUCGUACGGAAGUAUGGAUCAUCCAACGUGCGUCUAUAAUCGCUCCUGUCGUAUAGUCAGCAUCCCUGCUCAGGUUCCUAUGCACUGGGCGAUACCUCUUUACGGUUACCUCAUGCCGGUAAUCGUAACAUUAACAUUGGCCACCAAUUCGUUUAUUGUGAUAGUACUAUCUCAUAAAUAUCUUCGAACGCCAACCAACUAUGUACUGUUGGCAAUGGCCGUUUCUGAACUGCUGACGGGAUUUUGUGUGAUGCCGUGGUUUUUGUACUACUUUACUUUAUCUGGCUUUGAAUCUGAUAUAAAAUACGGACUGUCCUCGUUCUGGUGUAAUGCAGUUCCAUACAUGGCUGCUGUUUUACCGUCAAUCUUCCAUACCACUGCGAUAUGGUUAACCGUCUAUUUGGCUAUACAAAGAUACAUCUAUAUUUGUAUACCGACGUCAGUCAGUCGAUUUUGCACAGCCAGACGCAGCAAACAGGCGAGUCAUAGCGCGGCGAUCUGUAUGUUCGCGGCAAUCUUCGGAAUUUGCAUUGCAGCCGUUUUAAUACAUAUUCCUGAUGUAUUAGCUUUCGAGAACGAGUCAUUGGAUGUAAUGGACUUCAGAAGUAAUGCCACAAGAAGGAUGUGCUAUCGACACCAGACAUGGUUAACGAAGGCAGUCGGCAUCGACCUUUUCUAUAACCUGACAUUCUGCGCACAAGCUCUCCUCGUUCAUCUUGCCCCAUGUGCUUUGCUGGUGGUGUUCACAUGGAAACUAAUCCGAGCACUCAAAAUAGCAGAUAAACGUCAUGCAACCCUGUUUUCCAAGUAA